UGUGAAUUCGUUGUUUUAUAUAUCGUUUCCUGUCAGGUUUCAUUUUCACGAUGCUCCAGCAACAUCACCCCAGUGCGAUACCGUCCUGGCCCCGAUGGAUGCAGUCAGCGGCUACAUUGCUGGCUGAGACCUUCCAGCAAGAAACACACCAAGCGAGAGCAUCUCUGGGGGGCGAGGUUUCUUAUGUCAGUCCUCCUCUCAGAAGAUUCACCAAUGGCGAACGGAUCAUCGAACUGCCAAGCAGUCUACAGGAACGAGCAGACCAAAUCAUCGAGUCCGAAGAAGUGUUGAAGGCAUACGGGACUCGAGCAGUUGAGCAAAUGUGGGCAAUUCGGCCAUCAAGGGUGCAACAGCUCAUCAAUAAAACCGAGAGGGAUUUAGAGGAAUCGACAAGAGAUUGGUUUGACGAAGAAUUUUUCGAGGAAAAAGACCAAUAUAAUUGGGGGCACAUGACAGACGAGAAGCACGUCGCGACCGCUGCUCGAAAACAGAUCAGACUUCUAUCCAUUGUUUCAGAACUGGUUCGCGGGUGCCAAAUACAUAACGACGCCGUCAUUUUCUUUGAGGAAGGUGGAAUGGUGGGGCUUGCCCCCGUUGGGACGAGGGUAGGGGACAUUGUUUGCAGGAUCCAGGAACUGGAUACUGUGGGCAUUUUGAGAGAACACGGAGAUAACCUUUGGAUGAUUGCCAAAGCGAUGGAGCUCUCACCCCUAGCUGAGAUCAAUCGAUCCUGUACGGAGGUUGUGUUUGAUGUGGAUGUUGAGCAUAUGAGUGUCUUGACCAGGUUGUGACCAAACCUUUCUUUUGAAUGCUGCUUGCUGCAGGAUGUGGCCAUCAGGAUAUGUCGAGAAAAAAAAGCUUGGAAUGGAAAUUCCGAAGAUGAGAUUCGGUGGAGUCUGCAAACAAAAAUUUAUAGUUAAUGUGUGGCUUGAUGGGCAUCGCCGGGGCAUUGAAACCUUGGUUAGCAUAGCUUUAGGAUGGUGUCACGGCGUCACGGGGCAAUGGUGCAAUGGUAGUCUCAAGAUUAAUCGAACAUUUCUCUCUCGAUAAUAA